AUGCUUCCACUAAAGCUGGUUCGCUCUCUGGUCUUAGGUGAAACCAUCAACCACAACCCUCACAUGCUAACACAAAAUCAGCACAAUGUCCACACCCAUGAUGAUGAUGAUGAUGAUGAUGAUGAAGAAGAAGCCAAUGAAGCUCAUGCCACCUCACAACCCCACCAUCAAAGAAGAAGAAGGAGAAAAAGAAGAUCCAAAACCCCAUGUCUUGUAUUCCUCCCAAACAAAGAGAUAAUCAGAGACACAUAUAGGCUUGCAACCAUUGCAAGAGAUUUGGGCAUGGACUUGUACCCAACACCAUCACUUUCCCACAUCAUCUUCUCCAACCCAUCAUCCACACCAUCAUCAUCAUCCUCAACUUCACCCCCAUCCACUUGUUCCUUCUCUGCCUCCUCUGCUACAUGGUCUCUCUUAAACGACGCCGUUCCCAUUCCCUUCCCUUCCCUCGCCGCAGCACCACUUACCCACCUUCGCUUUUUCGUCAACCUCUCCCCACGCGCCUUCAAGCUCGUCCUUUUCAACUCCGAUGGCCACCGUGACGCCGCCGGAGCAUGCGGCGGCAACGGGAGCAACUGGGAUUGCUGCUCCGUGUCUCUGUACUCGCGGGUCGCCGGCCACCGGGUCGAUACGAUGGAGGGGUUUUGCCGGGUUCUCGCCGGUAAAGGUUGGACCUUUUUCAGAACAAGUAAAAACCCAUCGGCGGGUCAGGGCGGUGGCGGUGGCGGUGGCGGUGCCGUUUACCUCUUCAGAAAGGUGGAAGUGAACCGGGUUCGGAUGGGUCGGGUCAGCGGGGUUGGAGCACCCGAUGGGGCGUGUAGAGUUAGGGAGUUGAGGUUGCCACAUUUAGAUUUUGGAAAUGCUCCUUUGAGGAUUUUGCAGUAUAUUUUGUUGAUGACUGAUGACAUCUUCUGUCUUGCAUGAAUUGAUGAUGACAAGGGAUGGACAACAAAUAGGGCAUCUGCUUUGGUCUUGCAUUAUGUGGUGUUCAGGUUUAAAUGUUGAAGUGAUGUUAUCUGAAGCUGGGAAAGUGCUAAACUCUUUGUAUUGUUGGAGUGGGCAAAGUGAUUGUAACCCUUUAUCUCAUCAUAUCUUAAAUGGGGAAGAAAGUGGAGUUGAAAGAUUUCCAUGGAGAGGGAAAAAUGCUCAAGUCCUUAAUUGAUAAGUGUGACACCUCUCUUUUACUUUUUAAUUCUUUCAUUGAGAAGCAAAAACCUUUUACUCUGCCACAAUCAAAACCAACUAAAAAUGGAAGGUUGGUGCUGCCAAGGCCCUGGAUAUACAUGGAACAUGCAUGGUUGUGCAAACUGCAAAGUUGAAUUCUCAAGGCUGGUGGAAGGGAAGGAAGCCGAGGAAAUGAAGUUAAAGGAGUUUAGUGUUAAUCUGAAGAGCUAUUCCAUUCCCAUGACAGCAGUUUAUGGGAGGCUGCAUUUGGACCCUUGGUUUCAUGGUGAGGUUGAAAGAAGUGUUGUUGUCAACAAAUUAGGAUUAUUCUGUGUCCUCUAGCUUCUAGGCUAAUAACUGAUGGGGCGUAUAGGAUCUCCUCAUCCACAUCCAUGCAGAAGUGGAAGAUGAUGUUGGUGCCACGUUCU